AUGAAUUGCUCGGCCAGCUUGGCGAGCGUUUCAUGGAGGUCUUCGAUCUACGGGCUGAGCGGGACCAGGCACCAGUCUGCCCGCGUCUCCAAGGCUGCUCGAUCGGCUUCAGGUCCCUUCCCGACUGGCGCUUUGAGUCAGGGCCCUGCAUCCACACCUUCGAUCGAAGUAUUGUCUGCUGUAGCUGCCGGCCAGAAGUCUGAGGGACCGACAUCGUCUCCUCCGCUCGCUGGCCCUCCUGAUCAUCUUCCUCGAUCUGCUCGAUCGACCGCCAAGGGUGGCCACGGGGGUGCUUCGUCUUCGCCUGCAGCUUCCGAUGUGGGCGCGCAUUCCGACGAUGGCGAGAGCUCUUCCGGCAAAUCCAGUUCUACUCGCGCCUUAGAAUCGGACGCCGUGGGAAGCGACAGUGGUUCACCGGAGUUGAGUCGCGCUAAGGACCAGUUCGGAAUGCCGCCCCGGCCCUCUAGCAGACGCUGA